AUGAAAAAACUAGAUAACUUUACAUUUAAUAUUCAAACAUGUGUCUUGAGAUAUAAUGAUAUUAAUUUUUCAUCAAAUGAAGAUAUUCAACGUAGUUUUAUUGGAAAAGGAAUAUAUCCACAUAUUAAUUCAUAUAUUAGUAUUCAUUCACAUAUCGAAUCAAAAUGUCAUAUUUAUUCACUUCCAUAUCAAUUCGAAUAUUUACUUGAAAUCAAUAAUUCUUUUCCAGGAGGCAUGUUUCAUACAGUUCGAUAUUUGGUCGUUAUUGAUAUAUUUCCUUUUGAGCAUAAACUCUUUCAAAUUAUCUCUCAUGAUAUACCUUUUAUCGAAAUAUUACAUAUACGUAAUGAUCAACCACAAGAAGAUAAACCAAAUUCGUCUACUGAAUUAAUUACAUUUCCUCAUCUUAAACUUCUUAAUCUACAAUCGGCACAUACAGAUUAUGCUGAACAAUUUCUCUCAAAGAAAAUAACUUAUCUAUCUCGUUUACUUAGUCUUUACAUCAAAUAUGAAUUACUUACAAUAAUAACAAACAAUUUUACCAUUGAUACAACAUAUUUUAACUUUAGUAUAGUCAAAGAUCUUGAUCUAGAUCAAUCAUUUUCUUCAGAAAAAUGUCAUCAUUAUUUUCCUAUGUUAUAA